AUGGAUUUUGACAAUCCAUCUUCGAUCCCUGUGAAGGAGACUUCACGUCCAUAUCGAUCUCAUAAAUUCCCCGCAUGUGACCUCUGCCGCAAGCGGAAGUCUCGAUGCGUGCGAUCCUUGAACAAUCGGAAAUGCGUUCUUUGCCAGAUGCAUGGUGCUGAUUGCACUCAAGAUGGAAUAUCUAAUGAGACUCAAUAUGGUCAGCCCAGACGGACCGUUCACCAGGGCAGAAGCAGUGCCUUACGCGAAGCCCUGUAUCAUGGCCUUCCCACAGCAAAUAGCGGUUCGAACGCAGAAGAUGAACAGGAUGCUACACCUGGUCCUGAUGGGAGCCUGACAACGAGAUCGGUCGAAGCGCAGUCCGGCCACAUCGUAGGACCGGUAAUUGCGCAUGACGUUCAAGUCCUGGAUCAAUACAUGUCUCCAUCGGCCUCUUCGCCUCUAUCGACUCGUAAAUCACAACCCUACAGUGUUUAUUCCAAGGAUCCCUCAAACCCAAUACUCUAUCUUCGUGUCCCUCGACGAAGAGAACUUCUGGCCACUGGCAACGGGACUUCAGGGUUCGCUCAGUGUGAAGCGAUAUCCAAGGUCCUUGAACCACACUGCAAUUCGGUGUUUGAUUUAUAUUUCAGUGAGCUCCAUCCUCCAUUUCCUUUCCUGGAUGAAUCAGAGAUACGACAAGCCCAUAAAAGGUCAGAGUUGCCGUAUCCAUUGCUUUGCGAGAUUUACGCCGCCUCAAUGAUCUUCUGGGAAAGAUCCACGGAUGAUUCAAUGAGAAGUCGACCGCAGCCAGACAUAAAAUAUAUCUGGAGGCAGACCGUCAAAGCCAUGGACGAAGAGUUCACCGCACCUGGGUUCGCAACAAUUUUGGCGUGCAUUUUAGACCUUGCAGGGCGGCCAACGACUCUGGUGACGUACAAUGCACUCAACAUUGGUCGCCUAGCUGCCUUGUCUCAUAGUCUGGGUCUCAAUCGCAGCCCUAGAAAAUGGACGCUCCAUGAUCGGAAAAAGGCGUUACGCAUCAGAACAUGGUGGGCAGUUUUGAUUCAUGAUUGGUGGGCGAGCUUAACCGCAGGGACCCCUCCACAUAUCACUCUUUCGAAUUUUGACGUGGAACUUCCGGAUCUACACCUCCUAGGAGUCCCAACUGAUGAUGACAAAGACAUAAGUUCGAACAAUAAUCAUGCUGGUGCAUGUUCAUUCGUCUUUCUCUGUCGGUUGACUGAAAUCCUUGGAUCUGUUCUGCCUCUAAUCUACAGUUUGAAGCCAACAAGUGCUUCUGAUUUUCAGAAGGUAUUACGCCGUAUCGCAAUUCUUCUCGACGAGUGGGAGGAUUCAAUACCUCAAUGGCUCAACUAUGAGCAUGCUCAAUUUAAGCCUCAUGCACCCGGAGCACUGAACUUGCGGCUUUGUUUCCUAGCAACUAAGAUGUGCAUCUCCCGCCUCUUACUCCUGAAAGCUUCCCAUCCGGAAAGAGCCACUGACCCAGAAAGAAAGCUUUACCUCCAAUCUCGUUGUCGAAAAUCGGCAGAAGCUGUGAUAGAAUUCACAACGGCAUUACAGGAAGACGAUCUCCGCGUCUUCUGGCUUCCAUCUUCUCAUUUUGCGUCUGCCACCACCCUUUUGCUCGGGUGCGCGUUAGAAGCGCCAAGUGACGAGAUAGCACAUGGUUGCGUUUUAAAGGCUCAGGGAAUGGUUCAGUAUCUUCGCAUGGUUAAGAACGACACGGGUUGGGAUCUGGCGGAUGUCUGUCUUGCGCAAUGCGAAACGAUUACUCACCGGAUGAGUGACGGAACGUACCUCGAUUUUCGAAGGCAGCGAGCGGCGCGCUUCCAAAAUUCGAGCAUCUCACAGCCUUCCGCAAGCAACACGGGCAGUUCUUUGACACAGAUGACGCCGAACACAGAUGAACCAAUUACCGAUGUACCUGGAGGUACAGAGUUACCUAUACAAUCUGGAGAUGCAGCGGAGGAGCUUCUCGAUGUUAGAGGCAGUCAAUUUGACUUUGGGGCACAGGAGGUUGGUGGUCUCUAUGGGUUAAACACUUUACUGGACAAUCAAUGGGGAGAAUUCGGAUACAUCUCAGAACCUCACAUGUGGGAGUAUUCUGGUUUGGGUGAGCAUCCUAAAUUCUAG